CGAGCCGCGGGAGUGGCGGUGGCCGCCGAGGAGCCGGCGUGCUCGCGGCUCCCUGACCCUCUGCGCCACCUCAGAGGGAAGGAGCUGGAGGGCCCCCACCUCAUCGCGCGGGGGCGGGGGUGGCGCUUGUCGCGUGUCGGGCGCGGGACCAGUGGGUCGGGCGGCGGGAGGGGGGUGGCCAUGCAGGGCGUGAGAGGUGCAGGGGCAAGGAGUUGGCAGCAGGACUAGCUGGAGCUCUAGACCUGGAAGCGCAUCCGGGGAGGAGGACUUGGGGGGCAGAGGAGGACGUGGGCGUGUCUGGUAUGGGAUGCCAUGGAAAGGAUGGGGCCCUCCUGAGUAGAGUUGUGGGUGGCUCCUUUCAGGAAUCUUCUUCCCGUUUGCUCUUUUAUUUGCCAACGAGAGAGUCCUCAUGGUCUCUGUUCAAGUUCUGGAAACUUUCUCUUUGGGUGGGCUCAAUCACAUACUACUUCAUUGUAGAACCGCCCAGGGCCUUUUCUGAUACUGGGCACAAACGUUGGGGAUAUGUCAGAAAACAGAAAGCCGCUGCUGGGCUUCGUGAGCAAACUUCCCAGUGGGACUGCUCUUGGGAACUCAGGCAAGACUCACUGCCCUUCGUGCAUGGGGCUUUUCAAAGCCCCCAGGCUCUUGCCUUGUUUGCACACGGUUUGCACCACGUGUCUGGAGCAGCUGGAACCCUUCUCAGUAGUGGACAUCCGAGGGGGAGACUCUGACACAAGCUCUGAGGGGUCGAUAUUCCAGGAACUCAAGCCGCGCAGUCUGCAGCCACAGAUCGGCAUCCUCUGUCCGGUAUGUGAUGCUCAGGUGGACCUUCCCGUGGGAGGAGUGAAGGCUUUAACCAUAGACCACCUGGCCAUAAAUGACGUGAUGCUGGAGAGUCUGCGCGGAGAAGGCCAGGGCCUGGUGUGUGACCUCUGCAGCGACAGGGAAGUGGAGAAGAGGUGUCAGACCUGCAAAGCCAAUCUUUGCCACUUCUGCUGCCAGGCUCAUAGGCGGCAGAAGAAAACAACUUACCAUACCAUGGUGGACCUAAAAGACUUGAAAGGCUACAACCGGAUUGGGAAGCCCAUCCUGUGUCCUGUUCACCCUGCAGAAGAGCUGAGGCUGUUCUGUGAGCUCUGUGACCGGCCUGUGUGCCGGGAUUGUGUGGUGGGGGAGCACCGAGAGCACCCCUAUGAUUUCACCAGCAAUGUCAUCCAUAAGCAUGGGGACUCUGUGCGGGAGCUCCUCAAAGGCACCCAGCCCCACGUGGAGGCCCUGGAGGCAGCCCUGGCUCAGAUCAAAGGGAUGGACAGUGCCCUCCAGGAGCGAGUGGAGGCAGUGGCAGCUGAUGUUCAAACAUUCUCUGAGGGCUACAUCAAGGCCAUCGAGGAGCAUCGGGACAAGCUGCUGAAGCAGCUGGAGGACAUAAGGGUCCAGAAGGAAAAUUCCCUGCAGCUGCAGAAGGCACAGCUGGAACAGCUGCUGGCAGACAUGCGGACUGGAGUGGAGUUCACUGAGCACUUGCUGACUAGCGGUUCGGACUUGGAGAUCCUCAUCACCAAGGGGGUAGUAGUAGAACGGCUCAGGAAGCUGAACAAAGUUGUAUAUAGUGCCCAUCCCACGGUAAAUGAUAAGAUAUGCUUCUCUCAGGAAAAAGCAGGCUGGUGCCGUGGCUAUGAAGUUUAUGGGGCCAUUAAUACCAAAGAGGUCGAUCCAGCCAAAUGUGUCCUUCAAGGAGAAGAUCUCCACAGAGCCCGGGAGAAACAAACAGCCUCUUUCACCCUGCUUUGUAAGGAUGCCACAGGAGAGAGCAUGGGCAGGGGAGGAGACAACGUUCAUGUUGCAGUUGUCCCUAAAGAUAAGAAAGACAGUCCAGUCAAAACUAAGGUCCAGGAUAACAAGGAUGGGACAUACUGUGUUUCCUAUACCCCCAAAGAACCUGGGAUCUAUACCGUGUGGGUCUGCGUCAAAGAGCAGCACGUGCAGGGCUCACCAUUCACUGUGACGGUGAGGAGGAAGCACCGCCCACAUGCAGGCGUGUUUCACUGCUGCACCUUCUGCUCCAGUGGAGGCCAGAAAACAGUUCGCUGUGCCUGUGGAGGCACCAUGCCAGGUGGGUACCUGGGCUGUGGCCAUGGACACAAAGGCCACCCAGGUCGUCCCCACUGGUCAUGCUGUGGGAAGUUUACUGAGAAGUCUGAAUGCACAUGGACAGGUGGGCAGAGUGCACCAAGGAGUCUACUUAGGACUGUGGCCCUCUGACAGUUUCCUGGGUAUGUUCUCAGGCUGGUAAAGCUGUGGCCAGCAUGACCCAGAAUUACCAGAGGACCCCAGAGCUUGAUUCCUUUUGAAGAGACUGAUAGAAUUAAAAACAAAGUGCCUUAUCUAA